AUGGACAGGAUCCCGCCGCCGCCGAAGUUUGAAAACGCCAGCAACGCUGCGGAACGAUGGCGCACGUUCAAACAAGCCUUCACGCAGUACCUGAAAGCGACCGAUGCCGCUGGAGCAUCAUCGGAAAGGCAAGUCGCACUUCUUCUCACGGUAGGAGGACCAAGCCUGCUAGACAUUUACAAUACUCUGGACUUCGGAGAGUGUACGGAAGCGAGACCGCACCCUGAAUUUGACUUCGACCACGUUGUGAAGCUACUGGAUGCGCACUUUCUGCCGAAGCAGAACGAAGUGUACUCACGCUACGUCUUCCGCAUGCGAGUACAACUCCCCGACGAGAGGUUCGACACUUUUCUGACCGACCUGAAACUGAAAACCUGCGACUGCAUUUUCGGAACAAAAAAGGAGAAGAUGAUCCGCGACCAAAUCGUCUGUGGAGUAAACGACGAGAAAGCACGUGCGGACAUUCUGAAACUAGAAAAACCGACGCUCGAAAAAGUCGUCACGGUAUGCCUAGUGCACGAGUCGACGAAGCUUCAAAUGAAGGUGUUCAGAGAAGGCACCACGGUCGAAGUCCACGCAAUGAAGGGUAGCAGCAAUCGCCGCCGACAACCACGUGCCGACCGAGAGAAAGACAAACAGACUGCGCUCAAGCAACCAGUACAGAGCUGUAGGUACUGCGGCAGGACUCACGAGCGCGCAAGACAAGCAUGUCCAGCAUGGAACCAAACCUGCAACAAGUGCAAGAAGCGGAACCAUUUUGCAGCGUUAUGCAAAAGCACCAAGACCGUCGCCAAUGUGGAGGCGCACGACGACGACUCAACAGAAGAGAUACUCACGGUGCAGGACGGCAAAGCAAGCUCGUUAUUUGCAACCUUGACCGUCAAUGAAAGAAAAGUCAAGUUCCAAGUGGACAGUGGAGCUGCAGUGAAUGUUAUCAACCACAAGAGUGUGACGCCCAGACAUAUCGAGCCAACCUCGACAACCCUGCGCAUGUGGAAUGGCACGAAAGUCAUCCCAUCUGGCAAGGCAAGGCUGAGGGUGACUACAGCCAACAGGCAGAAACACGUCGUUGACUUCAUUGUGGUCCGUAUCGACUUCACACCCCUCAUAGGACGGAAGACAGCUGAACUGAUCGGGCUAAUCACGGUUGACUACGACCUGGUUGCCAGCGUUGGUGAAGUGAACUCAAGAGACCACAUUACGAAGAGGUACCCCGAUGUUUUUGGAACCUCUGUAUGCUCUCUGCCCGGGACCGUACACCUUGUGACCAAUCCAGCGGCAUGUCCCAAAGCAGUGACAAGUUGCCGAGUCCCAGUGAACAUCAAGCCUCAGCUCGAGACAACUAUAAGACGAUUGGAACUAACAGGAAUCGUCAAGAGUGUCACGGAACCGACACCUUGGGUCAGCCGAAUGGUCAUCGCUACAAAGAAAAAUGGUGAAAUGUGA